AUACAAAACUUAAUGUUCAGUUUGCAAAGAAGAUUUGAAUUUGAUUUCCAAACUGCAGCAUCAGAGAUAAGAUAAGAAAGUUUAAAACUAGGAUGCAUCAACUUAUCAUAUUAACCUAAAUCAAAGUAGGACAGAACGAGAAUGUACUUCUUUUGAUAUGGUAAAAUACAAUUUCAAUAUCAUAAACAGGUGUGCCCAGUUUCAUCAUGUUUGUAUUUCUGCUAGUACUGCCUUUCAACUUACUGCAGUCAACAGCAUGUACCAGCGACCAACCAUUUGUUAUGAGCGUCAAUUGCCCUCUACACACGCUCGUAAGUGGAGAGGUUGUGCAAAUGAUCUUGAAGAAAACUAAACAAUCGGUCGUACCACAUGGAUUUGAUAAUUCGUUGGAAUUAUCACAAGUAUAUUGUUCAAUACCAGGAUGUUUAUCGAAUCCGUGUGAAAAUGAAGGAACCUGUGAGGAAGCCGACACUGGUUUCAUCUGCAAGUGCUUAGAGUGGUACAGUGGAGACAGGUGCCAGUCAAAAUCAUUCAUCCACUCACUGCGACUAAUCGGUGGAGGAAGUACAAAUGAAGGAAGAAUUGUUAUCACAACUCACACUCAACCUACAAUGGACAUGUUAAUUCAUCAGGAAAACUGGUCCAAGAAUGCAUCACGGUUAGUCUGCAAUUAUCUCGGAUAUGAAGAUGUAUAUGCGACAGUGGGAGGGAAUUUCUUCGAGGUAUCGUCCUUACGUAGUCACUCUAAAGAAUAUUUUGCCUAUACGAUGGACCCUACUAACGGCUGGUACGAAGGAACAGUGUCAGCAAUUACUUUGGACAAUAGCAUUGGUAUUAUUUGCUGUACAUUGCGUUCAUGCAGCGUACCAUCAGGUAGUCCUGUCGGUCUCGAAAGCGGUAAAAUUCCUGACGAUGCUAUCAUAGUUUCAAGCGAAUUCAGUUACCUCGUGAAUAGCUCGAAAUUGCGCCUGAAUGGUCCAUCUGCCUGGGUCCCUAGUAAUAGUGACGUUAACCCAUGGCUUCAGAUUACUUUCAAUUCAACAUUUGUCAUCACUGCUGUCACAACACAAGGCAGGUCAGAUGCUGAACAGUGGAUGACGUCAUACACUGUUUCCUUCAGUGAAGGAGGAACAUCCUGGACCUACUACAAAGAUAUCGUUACAAAUUCAGUCAAGGUUUUCACAGGUAACUACGACCAAAAUAGUUAUGUAGUCCACACCUUCUUUACACCGAUAGUUUGCCGAUAUUUUCGUAUCCAUCCAAAGACGAAGAAAGAUUACGUAGCACUCAGAUUCGAGCUUACGGGCUACGGACCUAUCAACGAAUUAUUAGCUGGUAUGAAUCUUGGUGAAUCUGGAUGCUCACAUCCUCUGAGAGGGAGUAAAAUGGGAGUAGAAGAUGGACGAAUACCAGACUCUAGUCUUACCGCUUCAUCGUCGUACAGCGAAGAGUUUUAUCCCCCAGCUGGGAGAUUAAAUGGAGGAGUGACUUCACAUAAUAAUGCUGCAUGGCUUGCAAUGAAUAAUGAUGGAGAUAAAUGGGUCAAGGUGAGUAAUAACUGA